UCUUUUCCCUUCCUUUAGCACCAGCUCGCUUCCUUUCUUUCUAGAAUACCCUAUGGCCUCCAUCUGUUUUUCUCUCUCCACCGUCGGUUCCGUCGUCAGCUACCGUUGAAAGUCCCACCGUUUUCUUUCUUUCUUUCUGCUUCCUUGGCAUUUCCACCGAUCGAUUCCUCCCAAAACUCUCAUUCUCUACAAAACCCUAAACCGGAGUCCUUCCACCACCACUUUUCUUUUCUCCGUCGCCGCCUCUGGAAGUCUUCUGAUUUGACGUUUUCAAAGUCAUGCCUCGGUAUUAUUGUGAUUACUGCGACACUUAUUUGACCCACGACUCUCCAUCAGUUAGGAAACAACACAAUGCUGGUUACAAACACAAGGCAAAUGUUAGAACUUACUACCAGCAAUUUGAGGAGCAACAGACCCAGAGCUUAAUUGACCAAAGGAUCAAGGAACAUCUUGGUCAAGCUGCAGCUUUCCAGCAGGUUGGAGCUGCUUUCAAUCAACAUCUGAUGGCUCAGAGGCCCCGCCUUCCUGUUCUUCCUACACCUGUUAUGCCGAUUCCAGGGGCUGCGCCGUUACCUAUGAAUCAACCAAUGGUCCCAGGGAUUAGACCCCCUGUUCUGCCAAGACCACUUCCAGGUCCUCCAGGUUAUGUUCCUGCUCCAGGCAUGCCACCAAUGGUGGCACCACCAGGUGCUCCUUCCUUGCCUGGUCAAAUAAAUGGUGUUCCACGGCCUCCUACAUUGGCUCCCCUGACAACAGUUCCUGGAACUGCAACGACACCAACUUCUUCUAAUGCAGCGCCCACCAUGGUUACACCUGCAAGUUAUCAAACCAAUCCUGCUGCCCCAACAGGUGGAGGGUUUGACAAUUUCAAUGCCAAUGCACAGCCUUCUGAAGCUAAUCAUUAAUCUGGUUAAACUUGCAUGCUUUGCUUCCAUAUCUAAAGUAAGAGCUUAAGUAAGCUGAUGUAUGCUAUUGAACAUGAAGCUUUGUGAUUAUUAAGGGUGUAUGGUAAUUUUUUUUAGAAGGGUAGUUUGUGUAUGAGACUUGCAGCAUAUGGGAAACAUAUAACUUGAUGAAGACAAAGAAGUUGACUUAUUUUGCUUUGACAUUGUUUUUUGGCACAAAUUUGUCUUCUGGGAAGCAUAAAAGGUUUUCACAGAUUAUCUGAUCUGAAAAUUUUUAAGGUCAAUGCAUUUAUUCAAACCUAAGGGAGCAGGCUUAUCAUUUCACCAUUUGGGAUUUUGCACUGGUUCAUUGACACAGUUUAAAUUAUGCAAAAAUAGUGUAAGCUUAGUAAUAUUCUUCAUUGUUUAUUUCAGUUUAUAUGUUUAUAGAUAUAAAUGUAUUCUUCUUCCAUAUUGCAAUGUUGCACAAAGGAUCCACCGAUGAUAUCAAGGGAGUACCUAAGAAUAUCAUGAUUGUUUUGGUUGUUCUUCUACGGGUUGCAUUAUUCUCAUAAUGUGGGAUUCAGACGUAAUGAACGAAAAUACUAUAUCUCCUUGGUAAUUUUUUUUACCUUCAUCAUACUGUUUUUACAGGCAAUCAGAGCCAAUGAGCAUUCCUCUCAGUCUGAUAAUGAUAUUUCAUUCAGCUUUCCUGUUGGGAUUCUUACUCUAAAAUUCCAUCAAGUUCUUUGGUGCUGAAUGGAGGAUAGUUUUGUGCUGCCAUUGUAUCUUUCCUUUUUUUUUUUCAUCACUAGUAGAUUUUUAUUGUGAUACAGUUGAAAGUUGGUGUUACUUACAAAGUCUGGAGCUUAUCCUGUA